ACAUCCUUGAUGUGGCCGAAGGAGACGACGCCGCUGUUUGAGCACACAAUGUCGAGCUUGCCGAACUUUUCCUUGGCCUCGUUAAACAUGCGCACAAUCUCGUCGACAUUGGCCACGUUGGCCUUGACGCACGCCGCGUCGGACCCGUUCUUCUUGAUCAGGUUGACCACCUCCUGCGCCGCCGAGUCGCUGUUGGCGUAGUUUACAAUCACCUUGGCUCCCCGGCGUCCCAGUUCCAGCGCCAUUUCCCUGCCGAUACCGCGGCCUGUGGACCAAAGGUUAGCUGUAUGCCCAAUCCGAAUCAUCAAUUGACCCCGUUUGUCCCGGUCCCGGCGGCGCUACGGGGUUUCCAAAUCUGGAAACAGAUCUUGUGGGGUAGCAAAGUGUGGGGCGCCGAGAUGGAGAACCAUUCGGACAUCAGGUGGGGUAAAUCGGUGCCGGGCCGGCCGGCAGUUCCGGCGGACCGAGAAAAACAACACCCAGAAAAAAAAUCGAUGCAAUUUGUGCACAUACCAGCUCCUGUUACGAGAGCGACCUUUCCUUCCAGCGACGCAGACGCCAGGCCGAGGGGACCCGGGAUCGCAUCGUAUUUGCUGGUACCGGAUGCGGUGAGGCCAGGCAUUUUGGUGGUGGUGAGCGUGGUCGCAGUUUGCGGGAGAGUCGUGCCUGAAGAAGGAGACGAUUCAAGGGGCUUUUUGACCUCGUGCUGCUGUGCUUCAGAGUUUCCCUUGGAAGAUUCGAAGCGGCAGACGAGGAGGCGGAAGAGGUCAGUUAAUCUCAUUCCAGGACGGCCAGCGGCGAACGACGAGCGGGAUCCCGUGGGUGUUUGUGGAGAACAGGACGCUGGUCUAACAUGGCUGAGACGGCCGGACAAGUCUCGAGUUGAAGCUUAUUAUAUAUUAGCUGCAGCAAGCCGAGACUUGUGGUCCGUCUGCGUUAUCAGAGAGACCUCCUCGGUCAUCGGACCACGUUGGAGGAAUGCCGGGCUGCGUGCUUUUCCGGCGGACAAUUAUUGCGGCUGCGCGCCUAGUCUACAGUAUGUACAUACGUGUAGCGCUUGGCGUAUCGCUGGCAUGUGCUGGCUCCAGCACCAGCCCCCUGCGAAAAUAUCGGGGAUUUGCAGUUGCAGAUUGCUGCUGGAUUUGUGCCCUGCAGAAUCAUUUCCAAAUUCCCGCAGCAUCGGGCCUGACGAAGGCAUAAACUGAUAGACAAGAAGAGCGGGCCGACGGCAGAUCUCCAUCGGUGCAUUUGGUGGUAACCCACCAAGA